CGAUGUGAACUCUUUGGCGUGAACUUUGAACGAUUGAAGUGAUUAGUGAUGUGAAUGGAUGUGAAGUAGGGCAAUCCAGAAUUCGCCAUUUUUACUUUUCAGUGAAAGGAGAUUUUAUAAUUGUCAGGCUGGAGGACGAAGAUUUUUUUCUGAAAAGUGUGUCAUUGUAUUUAAUUUCCUGUAGCAAGGACUAUUAUUUGAGAAAGUCUUAGUUUAAUAGUGUGGUUUUAUUUAUUACUAACGUUUGUAUGUAGUGCUACUUCCCCAUCGUAAGAUUUGUUCUUUGGUGUGUCGCUUGAGCUAAUUCAAUGGCUAUGAUAUCAAAAUUUUAAUCUAACGAGUCGCUGUAGUAUUCUCCGUGUGGGAUAAUAACGAGAAAGCGAGGCGACGCCGUUAGAAAUGAGCAGGCCUCAAGGCGGUCGAAUUCAAGUCCCAGAUGACCUUAGAGAAAUUUUACUGGAAUUCACAAUAAGCUAUCUGCUGGAGCAGCCAGGGGACGUGAUCAACUACGCCGUCGAGUUCUUCACAAGGUUACAGAACAACAGGACCACUACUAUAGUGAGGGGCCCAUCCGCCGGCACGCCCGAUGAAUCCAUAAUAUCAGACGAAGAAGAGCCGCCAGUGGCGCGCUUCAACAACCGUCGCAAGUCGGUGUUCGCGGAGACGUAUGACCCGGAGGAAGAUGACUCUGACGAGGGCGCGCCUGCCGUGUUCCCCAAGUCGGACGCCCAGCGCGCCCGUCUCGCUGAAGCCGUGCGCGGUAUACUUCUCUUCCGCUCACUCGACGCCCAACAGAUGCAACAGGUGCUGGACGCCAUGUUUGAGAAGCGCUCGGAGCCCGGUGAAUACGUGAUCCGGCAGGGCGACGACGGCGACAACUUCUACGUCAUCGAGAAUGGCGUCUUUGAUGUGCUCGUCAACGGAGAUGACGGCAUCGAGAAGGUGGUGCACACAUAUGAGGGCUCCGGUUCAUUCGGGGAGCUGGCUCUGAUGUACAACAUGCCUCGUGCUGCGUCAGUGCGCGCUCAGUCAGCGGGCGCGCUGUGGGCCAUGGACCGGCACACCUUCCGCCGCAUCCUUCUCAAGAGCGCCUUCAAGAAGCGCAAGCUGUACGAGGAGCUGCUCGACAAGGUGCCCAUGCUGAAGGCACUCCAGCCGUACGAGCGCGCCAACUUGGCGGACGCGCUGCUGCCUCGCUCUCUGAUCGACGGGGAGCUGAUCAUCCGGCAGGGAGACACCGCUGACGGCAUGUAUUUUGUGGAGGACGGCUCCGUCAGCAUCCGCAUCACACGCGACGAUGGCAACGACCAUGAGAUCAAACGCCUCGGCAAGGGCGGUUACUUCGGAGAGCUGGCUCUGGUGACCCACAAGCCGCGCGCCGCUUCCGCUUACGCCGUCGGACCCACCAAGGUCGCCUUCUUGGACGUGGAGACAUUCGAGCGCCUGCUGGGUCCCUGCAUGGAGAUAAUGAAGCGCAACAUCGAUGACUACGAGGAGCAGCUCGUCAAGUUGUUUGGUGACAAGAGCAACCUCACUGAUGUGCGAUGAACGCCCC